UUAAUAAGACACAUCCUUCGAUAAUCGCCAUGACGCGUAUGCAAAGGUCCUGUUAUUUACUGUCUUACCUCGAUGAUAGAUCACUUUAUAAUUUAUAAUGUUUUCAUAAAAAUAGGAAAGAGAUCUUGGAUUUGCCUGUCACAAAAAAGUUUCAAAAAUGGGCAGGAUGAAGGCAAACGACAAUGGAGUCAAAAUUCUCGUGUGGGUAGUUGCGAUGUUUGUACUGCUUCAGUUUCUAAAUUAUGACUGGAAUAUAUUAAACUUUCACUUGUUUGGUGGAUCACGAUUGAGCAACGACAUACAUAGAAAUAUUCCAUAUGACUCUAGUGAAUUCAGAGCACGACAAAUUGAGGCACCCCUGAACUAUGAACCGAAUGCACACAUAGCAAUGAUCCCAUUCGGUACUCCUCCGCCUGUACAUAUCCCGGAUGUGGACGCUCGGAUAAUUGUUAUUACAUUCAACAGAUCACACUCUUUACGCAGACUAUUGGAAUCUCUGAACAAAGUGGAUUAUUUAGACGACAAAGUUGUCAUAGAAAUCUGGAUCGAUAGAAAUAAAGAUAAUGAAUUUGAUGAACAGUCUUACGUCACGGCUAAAAACUUCAAUUUUGAUAAAGGACUAAAAACUAUAAAUAUUCAGAAAAAGCAUGCCGGGAUAUAUGGUCAGUGGAUAUGGACUUGGCGACCAACUAAAGACACUAAAGAAAUAUGUGUCAUCUUAGAGGACGAUUUGUCUGUUUCAACAUUUUUCUACCGGUAUUUGAAAAAGGUGCAUGCGCAAUAUGAUCAUAGACCGGAAGUCAAUGGCUAUGCUUUACAAGCUUCAAGUUUGAAACACGGAGGUGGAAAAGGGCCCCUUAAGGCACCAGAGGAAAAUAUUGUCUUUCUUUAUCCUGUUUUAGGUUCAUGGGGUUUUUCACCAAGUAGGGAUAAUUGGAUCGGAUUUCAAAAUUGGUUCAGGGAAGCUCAUAAAAAUAAAACAUUUCUGCCGCUUGUUCCCGGCAUUUUACCCACUCUUUGGUAUAAAAAAGAGUUGAAGGCAGGGACACAUGAAAAUAUUUGGACUAUGUGGCAAAUCUAUUACGCAUACAGUAAAAACGAGAGAACUCUUUAUCCAAAUUUUCCAAACAAAACUGGAAUGACAAUUAACUGGAGAGAAAAUGGACUACAUUUCAGCAAGGCCGUAGGAUUCGCAGGUCCUUUGGUAGAGAGGUGGGAUGAAAGACUAGAAAACUUACCAGGCGAACCAAUCCAUCUAGAUGUGAAUGGAACUAUUGUUAAAUAUUAAAUUCAGUCAAAGUUCAAAUAUUAUUACGCACUAGGUUGAAUAUUUGGUAUGUAGGAACAUCGUGAAGUCAUGAUUAAGUAUAGGCUUUUAAAAAAAGCUGGUAUGGCAUUAAAGUUUGCUCUCAGAUAAAUUAACUAAAGCGCUUGCAUGACCUUAUUGUUUGCUUUCAGAAAGUAAAAGCAUUUGAUGGUGUUAAUACAAAUAUUUUGUUGUCACGUGGCUGUUUUUCAAUUGUACAAUAUAGAAUGCUAUAAUUGAUAGAUUCUAAUAAAAGUAAACUUAA